AAACUAGAAAGAAAGAAUGGGUAGGAUUCCAUGCUGUGAAAAGGAGAAUGUGAAGAGAGGGCAAUGGACUCCUGAAGAAGACAACAAACUGGCUUCUUACAUUGCUCAACAUGGUACUCGUAAUUGGCGUCUCAUCCCUAAAAACGCUGGAUUGCAGAGAUGUGGAAAGAGUUGUAGACUACGGUGGACAAACUAUUUGCGUCCUGACCUGAAACAUGGUCAAUUUUCUGAGGCUGAAGAACAUAUCAUCGUCAAGUUUCACUCUGUUCUUGGUAACCGGUGGUCGUUGAUUGCGGCCCAGCUUCCUGGUCGAACAGACAACGAUGUGAAAAAUUAUUGGAACACAAAGCUGAAGAAGAAGUUGUCGGGAAUCGGAAUAGAUCCCGUAACCCACAAGCCUUUCUCGCAUCUAAUGGCAGAGAUAACCACUACACUCAAUCCUCCUCAAGUCUCACACCUCGCUGAAGCUGCCCUCGGAUGUUUCAAGGACGAGAUGCUUCACUUGCUCACCAAGAAACGUGUUGACCUAAACCAAAUCAACUUCUCCAGCCCUAACCCUAACAACUUUAACCGAACCGUUGAUAACGAAGCUGGUAAGAUGAAAAUGGAUGGUUUGGAGAAUGGUAAUGGGAUAAUGAAGCUAUGGGACAUGGGGAAUGGAUUCUCCUAUGGAUCUUCUUCGUCAUCGUUUGGGAAUGAAGACAAAAAUGAUGGAGCUGCGUCUCCUGCGGUUGCGGCGUGGAGGGGUCACGGUGGAAUACGUACAGCGGUGGCUGAAACUGCGGCAGCGGAGGAGGAAGAGAGGAGGAAAUUGAAGGGAGAAGUGGUGGACCAAGAGGAGAAUGGAUCUCAAGGAGGAAGAGGAGAUGGAAUGUUGAUGAUGAGGAGCCAGCAUGAUCAACAUCAACAUCAUGUGUUUAAUGUGGACAAUGUCUUGUGGGAUUUACAAGCUGAUGAUCUCAUUAAUCAUGUGGUUUGAUUCAUUUUGGAUCACAUUGGUAGUUAACAUUUGGUUAUAACUGAUUAGGUGUUAUCUGUUUUCAAAGAUUAAAUAAGUUUUUUGCUUUCUAUAAAAAAUUUAUCUAGUAAUGAAAAAUUGUAAAUACAUAAUUUCUUUUAUAAUAUUUCCAUCUUCGAGAAUCUAAUUGCAAUAUUCCGGUUUGUGGUAUUUGGAAAUGCUUAAAAUAAUUGUUUUGGGUACGUAUGUCAUGUAUCCGUUUAGAACAUCAAAAUUAAACGUGCUUGAGGUGUAGUACUGAAAGGAUGAUGAUCCGUCGGGAAGUGAUUCGCAAUAUGAUGCAAGUGAGGAUAAAACACGUAAAAAAAUCAUGUAGUGAUUGUAGGAUCAGUAAACAAGACUUUUGAGUAUUUAAAAAUUAAUGCCCCUCUGUUACACAGAAUGGGCAUACAGACAAAGACAAAGUGAAUGGACGUGGAAAGCCCAUUAACCGUGGACGACCAUGGAGUUACACUAAUAUUCAAACUGUUGAUGAUAUGUGCAACAAAAAGUUUUCAAAUUUUAAGUGUCUGAUAUGUCUUAAUCCAGCCACCAAAUCAUCCAAAAAUGUAUAUAUGAAUCAUCUGAUGAUGCUUGAACAAUACUCCAUCUAUUUCAAAAAUGUUAUUUAAAAAAUUUCAUGUCUUUAAAAUGUAUUUAUAUUCUUAUUAACUAUAUUUAUUUAAUAAAUAGUAUUUGAGAUAACCAAAAUUAUUUAUAAGAUUAAUGCAUGUUGUAAUUAAUUAAUAUUAAACUUUAAUAAAUAUAAACUGCAUUAAAAUGCUUAAAUAUUAUUCUUUAGGUAACAAGAAAA